CUGACAUAAUUACAGACUUGGCUGCAAUAUGGGACGAAAUGCCCCUGGUUUUCUACUAAUUUUCGAUGAACUUGCGAAGUAUUUUUGACUUUGUUUACAUAAGCCCAUCAGACGAUUCCCCCUCCCACUCCACAGAGACAUCACAUCACAUCCGCUCUCAUGCCCAGCUCACAAAUGAAUCAAUCACAACUGUAAUGGUUUCUGUUUUUUCUUUCUUUCUUGUAACUGCCUGGCAGUUGCAAUGCGUACCAUAUUUAUUUGAUUAGAAGAGCCAGAGCUACAGUUUGAUGCACUAUCCGUCCCGUCUCGCACGUUGCAUAAUGUCUCCGAACGUCAAGGUCCUUGACUUCUUCAAAGAAGGGUUAGAAAACUUCCGUUUAUCCCAGGACCAACUGGAGAUACUGUGCGAAGCUCCGCGGCACGACGCGGGCUUGCCAUUGACUCAAGAUGUAAUCUGCAAUACUACUAUUUCCACCAACCGCAAGACAGACGCCCUAGAGAGAAGCAAACCGCGACUGCCGAGGCGCAUCAUCGUCAUGGACGCCUCCUUCAACCCGCCCACCAGCGCGCACAUGCAGAUGGCCACGAGCGCAAUCCGCAGCGCCGGCGACAGGCGAAACACCAGACUGCUGCUGCUGCUGGCCGUCAGCAAUGCGGACAAGGCCCCGAAGCCGGCCUCGUUUGAGCAGCGGCUGGCCAUGAUGAACGCCCUGGCCCAGGAUGUGUAUGAGGAGAUCUCGUAUGACGACGAGGCGGGCGCUGCUGCUCCUGAAAGCGACGAUAAUGGCCACAGGUUUGGCAUCGAUCUGGCGUUGACGACGCUCCCGUACUUUCACGACAAGAGCGCGGCCCUCGCUGCGGUGGUGGAGACGGCGUUCGAGCCGCCCCCGACGGGGAGAGCCCCCGUGGAGCAGGUGUUUCUCAUCGGCUACGACACCCUGAUCAGGCUGUUCAACCCAAAGUACUACUCCAGGACAGAAAACGGAGAGACCGUGAAUGGCAUCCGAGAGGCGCUGUCGCCGUUGUUCGGCCGCGCGAGGGCGCGGCUUACGCUCCGCGCCGACGCCGACUGGGGCGGCAGGGAGGAGCAGCUGGCCUACCUCGAGAACGUCAGGCACGGGGACGCUCUCGAGCAGGCUGGCGGGUUGAAGGAGUGGGCGAGUCGCAUAGACGUUGCCGAGACCGGGGACGCACAUGGCCUCGUCAGCAGCACGUCUGCGAGAGAAGCUGCCGCCAGAGGGGACUGGGUCCGGCUCAGGGAGCUGGUGCCCCCGAGGGUGGCUGCCUGGGUCCAAGACGAGAGGCUUUAUCAAGAGUCUGAAUAAGUCUUUCUAUCAAAAACACUGUAUACCCGAGGCACUUGUUCAACAUUUGAAUCGCCAACCGUGCCGGCUGUUGACAGGCCGCAAAAGACACAAAACAAUGCCCUUUCAAGACGUUGCCUAAAUUCCUGCGCAGAAUAAAUGACAUACCACAGUAUACAUUCUGGCCGCUCGCUGAUCAGCUUGCGGACUGUCCUCGCCCAUCGACCAAAAUUCGUGAGGGUUUCUAGUCUAUAUGUUGGUGGAUCUUCAACCCACUUCUCAAAGGCUCAAAAAGUAAUCGAUUGGCUAAGCCUUUGCUGGCCCGAGAUUCGAUCGUACCCGAGGAGUCGGUUGCUGUCUUGAUAAUGCGCUCCUAGCACAAGCGGGGCGUGCGCGUGGUUUUCAAGACGUGGCCUUGAAGUUGAUAGCACUUUUCCUGGCCAACGGUUGGACUGCCGCCUAUAUGUGACGCCAUUGGGGAGAGGGAAAUAACACGGAGACAGAGCAAGGAUUGACUGCGAGAGAGCUGGCAAAAACAGAGUCGUAAAAAAAAAAAAAAAAAAGAGUCGAUACGAUCGGCCUUAUCAAAAGUCACUGAAAGUCGUCAGAUUCAUCCAACUUGCCUAUCCAGAGGGGGGGGGGGGGCUUGAUUUGUCGAAUCGAGAAAAAUCUUCCAGCAGAAUUCCAUAUAACCUUGGAACAUGGAAAUCAGAGAGAGGCAGGAGCGUUUCUCACUUGGCUUUCUUGUUCCUGCGAACGACGUUUGCUUUGAAACACAUGAUACCCCGAAUGCGACCAUCAUUGCCUUGUUUGACAUGGUAAAGGAAAUUAACAUACCUCUUUUGUUUACACGACAAUCAUACUGAAAAGCUAGAGCACCUCUUGGGUUGCCAUCAUGCUGGUCUGCCAAGUGUGAGAAGGCUCCAGGGUUUAUAUGAAUGAAGGAACACGGUCUGAGUAUUUGGUCGAAGGAGUAUUCUUCAGUACCGACCUGAGUGCAUUUGGGUCGAUUCCACGUCCCCAUGUGCAACGUACGAGACAAGGCCAUCCCAAUCUCUACCAUGCAGCUGCGAGAAGCCUGGUCAACCGCUGGUUGAUCGCAUGAGUAAAAUUUCCAAUCCUUGCUCGAACCAACGAUCACAUCAAUAGCACCUAGGGUGUGGAGAGGAGCAGACAUGCUUUCAUAACGGUAUCACAGUCCCCAGGGCAGCCGCGGGCUGCCUAUUACCCUUUGUACACCAACAAUGGAAGAAUGGUUCCCACGACAUCCUUUCCGGCCAUAGCACAAAAGAAAAAAAAGAAUAAAAAAAAAGAUAAGACUAAAAUAGACGAAAAAAAAGGGAUGAGACCCAAACCCAAACCAGCCCAAGUAUCAAGUGUCUAAAACAGCCAACAAGAACAACCACAAAAAGCACGCACGCCUCUGACACUCGGUGUCUUAGGCCUCGAUCUGCUUGUUCUUCUUCUUCUGUUCUACUUUGAGCAGUAGUGCCCGGUUGAUGUGUGGCAGUACACCACCAAACGCAAUCGUGGCACGGAUGAGCGUGUCCAGCUCCUCGUCGCCACGAAUGGCAAGCUGUAGGUGACGGGGAGUGAUUCGCUUGACCUUGAGAUCCUUUGCGGCGUUCUAUAUAUUAGGCACCAACGUCAGCUGCUGCGCAUACGUCUUAUCGUAGGGACCGUGGCUUAAGUAGGUUAAAAAAGCCCAACGAGAGGCAACUUACACCCGCGAGCUCCAAAACCUCUGCAGUCAAGUACUCCAGAACAGCGGUGACGUAUACAGCAGCCUUGGCGCCAACGCGCAUCUUGUUCUGAGUGUUUUGCUUGAGAAAACGCUUGACACGACCACACGGGAACUGGAAAGCGCAAAAGUCCGGCAUUAGUUGAUGGUCACCCAAAGAGUGAGAAGUAAAAAUCAGUCAAGUUGAUGAUCGAGUCCGAGUGGUGAUGCGCCGCAAGCAAACCAGGACGGUGUGGGCUGUUUUGAAUGGCGGUCGUGUACGAUGUACUUGCUACAUGCGCGGCGGGGCAAAAAAUCGAUUUUGUUCGGCGAACGCGUCGUGGCAAGCUUCCGCCGAGCCUCAAACACCCCAUGGCCUCAGGUCUAAAUUGUGCGCGCGCAAGCUCCACCAGAUCUAUCGCGCGCAAUUUGAUGACGACGCCGUCGGCUCGGUCGGGAUCGUUCAAGAGGGUAAUGUUCCGUCCGAGUAUCGUGAGGCAGUUCGGAAUGGCGUUGUGGAAUGGACGGAUGUGGUGCGAUGAUUGAGGCCGUCGGUGACAUCGAAGCUCCCAGGUGACGCGAAACAAAGCAAUCGAAGAAAUGCACACAAUGCUUUCAUCGCUGAUGAACUGAAAUAUGAUUCAACUUACCUGAAGUCCUGCGCGAGCAGAGUGCGAUUGUUGCUUUUUGGGCCCCUCGCCCGAUGUCUUCCCACCAGAACUCUUGCCGCCCGAAGACUUGCCCUUGCCGCCUGCCAUUUUGGUGGUGCGGGACGCGAUGUGGGAUGCACGGGUGAACACAGUGGGUGUGGUUGGGCUUCAGACGCGUUAAAAUAAAUGCGCUUGUAGCAAGUAAAGCAGGAAGAGAAAAAGAAAAAAAAAACGAAUGAAAAAAAUGUGCUGUACUUGGCGAUUUGUGAAUGCGCCGUUGGGGUUGAAGCUAUUCGCGCGUGGAGCGUGCUUAGGUUUGUAGGGUCGUGAGUGGUGACGAGUCGGAAAAUUCAGAAGGCUGAAAAUCCAGUGAAAGUCAACAGCUUUCGUAGUUGUAGGUUACAACGCGCGCCCAGCUCUCUCUCUCUCUAUCUCUUUACCUGUGCAGUAGGUACAGGUCGUCAGAGAUAGCUGUCUUUCGCGUGGGUGGGGAUCGAGUCAGGAAUUGUG